GCAGACGAAGAAUAUUGACAGGAUAACGACCGAACGGGCGGCUUACGCGUGUUGGCGGUUGGUUGUGACCAAUCAGAGUGACCAUGUCGUGAUCUUGAAGAUUGUGAGUCUGCAGUUCGAGUGUCCCGAGGUUCAAUUUGAGAGGCUACAACCUAAACAAGAGAAGCACUUGCGCAUUUGUUUCUGGAUUAGUGGAGACACUGAUUUUGGUGAGAGGAAGACGAGCCAGAAUGGCAACUUUCUGUCUUUGGAAACCAUCAUGCAGUUGCUGAGUUUGAGGAAAGAUCAGGUGGUGAUCAUGGCUGCGGCCUUGCCAAGCUGUUCGCCAAACGCGGAAGUGCAUGACAUGUCUGCUGUGUUUUUGGAUUGUUUUGGCCGGAAGGAGUUUCACAGGAUCAGCAUGUCAGGAAAGGGAAGAGACGUUAUGGAAAAUGAUCAUUUGUUGAGAUCACCGAGUCAACCGGACGUCCUUGGCAGAAUUUGGCAGAUGUUUGGGCUCCAAACGGAUGUUCUCGGAGACUCCUUGUGUGAC